AUGGAGACCCACGCGUUAAUUUUCUUACUCCUAACGAUUUUCGCGACAUCCUGUCUAUGCGAACUUACUUGUUACGAUUGCGAUCCGAUCAAUGCCACACCCGAAGCCUGCAAACAUCCCAAAGACAAUCUUGUUGUUAAUAGUAAUUGUAAAGCACAACCAAACACCACAACAUUGUGCAUGUCCGCGUACGUCAAAGACACCGCGAAUGCAAACAAUUCGGGAAUAUACAGGGGUUGCGUGAACAAACCCAUCGAUGUGAACGAUGCGUGCGAUUGGUUGAAGGAAAAUUCCAAUCUAACGUACAUGUCUUGCCAAGUUUGCAACGAACACCUUUGCAACCAGAUCCUGUUGAAUCCGGACGGAUCGAGCUCAUCGAACUCCAUUUACAAUUACUCGUUUAUGCUUUGUAUGGCUCUAAUGGGAGUUUUCCGCUUACUUCGCUAA